GAGGUGGGCGCCGAGAGCCGGGCGCCACAGCCCGCGCGUCCCGCUGCGCCCCGCGCGCCCCGGGGUCUAUGGAGCGGCCCCUCCGCGCCGCCCGGCCGGCCCCACGCCGCGCCCGGAGGCUGCUCUGCGGCCAAGUAAUCGGACUGGCGGUCCUGCGGGAGACUCGGGGCUCGGAGCCCGCCUGAGCGAGCCCUCCGGAGAUGGCGGCCCCCUAUCCCGGCAGUGGCGGCGGAAGCGAGGUCAAAUGCGUGGGAGGCCGCGGCGCCAGCGUCCCCUGGGACUUUCUACCCGGGCUGAUGGUCAAGGCGCCGUCCGGACCGUGCCUGCAGGCGCAGCGCAAGGAGAAGUCCCGGAACGCGGCGCGCUCGCGGCGCGGGAAGGAGAACCUGGAGUUCUUCGAGCUGGCCAAGCUUCUCCCGCUGCCCGGCGCCAUCUCCAGCCAGCUGGACAAGGCUUCCAUCGUGCGCCUCAGCGUCACCUACCUCCGCCUGCGCCGUUUCGCCGCGCUGGGGGCGCCGCCCUGGGGGCUGAGAGCCGCGGGGCCGCCAGCUGGCCUCGGUGGCUUCUGCUCUCCAAGCCUCAGUUUAUUCAACUGUCAAAUGGGCGCAAGAGAUUGGGAAGAUUUCGUGAAUUCUGCCCUAAACAAGGCCCUGGCAGUUCUAUUGGUCACUGCCCCAGGCCGCCGCGGCCCGGCAGCGCUGGUCUCCGAAGUCUUCGAGCAGCACCUGGGAGGUCACAUCUUGCAGUCCCUGGAUGGCUUUGUGUUCGCCUUGAACCAGGAAGGAAAAUUCCUCUACAUCUCAGAGACAGUCUCCAUCUAUCUGGGUCUCUCACAGGUGGAGAUGACGGGCAGCAGCGUCUUCGACUACAUUCACCCUGGGGACCACUCAGAGGUGCUGGAGCAACUGGGGCUGCGGACCCCGACCCCCGGCCCCCCAACCCCGCCCUCCGUCUCCUCUUCCUCCUCCUCUUCCUCUUCGCUUGCAGAUACCCCCGAGAUCGAGGCCAGCCUCACCAAGGUGCCCCCCUCCUCCCUGGUCCAGGAGCGCUCCUUCUUUGUCCGCAUGAAAUCCACGCUCACCAAGAGGGGGCUGCACGUCAAGGCCUCGGGGUACAAGGUCAUCCACGUGACUGGGCGCCUUCGGGCCCACGCCCUGGGCCUUGUGGCCCUCGGGCACACGUUGCCCCCGGCCCCCCUGGCUGAGCUGCCACUCCACGGACACAUGAUCGUCUUCCGUCUCAGCCUGGGUCUCACCAUCCUUGCUUGUGAGAGCAGAGUCAGCGACCACAUGGACCUGGGGCCCUCAGAGCUGGUGGGCCGCAGCUGCUACCAGUUCGUCCACGGACAGGACGCCACCAGGAUCCGCCAGAGUCAUGUGGACUUGCUGGACAAGGGUCAGGUGAUGACUGGUUACUACCGUUGGCUGCGGCGUGCCGGGGGCUUCGUGUGGCUGCAGUCUGUGGCCACGGUGGCUGGGAGCGGGAAGAGCCCCGGGGAGCACCAUGUGCUUUGGGUCAGCCACGUGCUCAGCCAAGCCGAGGGUGGUCAAACUCCUUUGGAUGCCUUCCAGCUUCCAGCCAGCAUGGCCUGUGAGGAGGCAUCCAGCCCGGGGCCAGAGCCCACAGAGCCGGAGCCUCCGACGGAAGGGAAGCAGGCUGCCCCGGCGGAGAACGAGGCCCCCCAGACCCAGGGCAAACGCAUCAAAGUGGAGCCCGGCCCGAGGGAAACCAAAGGCUCCGAGGACAGUGGCGACGAGGAUCCCUCUGGCCACUCGGCCACACCGCGGCCCGAGUUCACCUCUGUCAUCCGGGCAGGGGUCCUGAAGCAGGACCCGGUGCGGCCAUGGGGCCUGGCGCCUCCCGGGGACCCCCCGCCCACCCUCCUGCACGCGGGCUUCCUGCCGCCGGUGGUGCGGGGCCUGUGCACGCCCGGUGCCAUCCGCUACGGCCCCGCGGAGCUGGGUCUGGUGUACCCGCACCUGCAGAGGCUGGGUCCAGGCCCCGCGCUCCCGGAGGCCUUUUACCCGCCCCUGGGCCUGCCCUACCCGGGGCCCGCGGGCACCAGGCUGCCGCGGAAGGGGGACUGAGGACUGGCAGAGCUGCCGGCGCUGUACCCUGCGACAACCGGGGUCCCCCAGGACAGUAGGCGCGGCUCUGCCCGUAGCCCUGAGAAUUAAACACCGGCUCUCCCUGCAGUGGUUUGGGCUCCGGGCUGUG